CUGAGCCAUUUCCGCGGUGAUUUUAAAGCAAAAUGUAAAUAAAUUUGUUUUAAGAAAAGUUUUUUAAAAUGUAUCUGUAUUUUGUUUGAUAAAAUCUAAUGUAUCUACUGAUUUUAACUUUAUAAAAUUAAAGUUAUGUCGGAAGAAGAAGGAAAAGUUGAUGGCCUUGAAAAGCGCCUUGCUAAACUGUACCAAACGUCAUUUGAUAGAGCAGAUCGCACAACCUACACUUUGUCAUCUGAGGAAUUAUUUGAUGGCUUUCUGACUUUGUAUGAUGAAUGCACACAUGAUAAUCUUGCCCGGGAUAAAAAUGUUAAGAAUUUUAUUAGAAAAUAUCACAAUGCUAUAUGUGAGGUGGAGGCAUUGAAGCUUCAUGCUUCAGAUUUUGAGGUGAAAGAUGUCAUUGGUCGGGGUCAUUUCGGAGUGGUGCAAGUCGUACAUGAAAAAGUGUCAGACCUGGUUUUUGCCAUGAAAGUACUCAGGAAACAAGACAUUCUGUCUCAGCCCGAGAUAUCGUUUUAUGAAGAAGAACGUGAUAUAAUGGCGACCACCACCAGCCCGUGGAUCACACACCUGCACUACGCCUUCCAGGAUGCAGUGAACCUGUACCUGGUGAUGGACUUCCACCCGGGCGGAGAUCUUCUGUCUCUUCUGUCAAGGCACGAUGACAAGUUUGAUGAAGACAUGGCAGUGGUCUACCUAGCUGAAAUAGCUGUAGCAAUCAACGAUCUUCAUGAGAUGGGUUACGUUCACAGGGACAUUAAACCUGAAAACAUUCUUUUGGAUCAGACUGGACAUAUCAAAUUGGCUGAUUUUGGAUCUGCAGCAAAAUUAGAUAAAGAUAAUUUGGUUUCUUCACAUUUGCCUGUAGGCACACCAGACUAUGUGGCCCCCGAACUGCUGACUUCGUUGAACACGAACUGCGGUGCCAAGCUCUAUGGGGUGGAAGUGGACUGGUGGUCUCUGGGAGUGUGUGCGUAUGAAAUGUUGUUUGGCAAGACCCCAUUUACUGAUGACUAUGGCUCUAUGGUGACUACAUACAGCAACAUUAUGCAGUUCAAGACAAAACUGACAUUCCCUGAUGACUGCAAUGUCUCAAAAACAGCCAAAGAUUUUAUCCAAGAACUCUUGACAGAUAGUGACAGUCGUUUGAAGUGGAAGACCAUCAAAACACAUUCUUUCUUUGGUGAUAUCAAGUGGGAUGACAUUCUUCAAAAAACACCUCCAUUUGUACCAACAAUCAGUAGUCUGGAUGACACAUCUAAUUUCGAGGAUGUUGAAAAAGUGAAGCGACCUGCAACAUUAAAUGAUCACAAAGUCCACCGGGAUUUCACUGGCUUAGACUUGCCAUUUGUUGGCUUUACAUUUGUGAGAACUCUGGCUGAAAAAGGACUGUGUCGCCGCGAAACGAAGACCCUGACACAGACGGUGAUAAACGAGUAUGAUGGCGACCGGUCGUACUCGACGGCUGUGCAGACUCUGUGUUCGGACUCACCCAACGUGGAGGUGACGCUGACUGUGAAGGUGUCCGAGCUGAGGAAUCUGAGAGAGCAGUGCUGCCAGAUGGAGCAGUCACAGAGCGAGAUGAAGGCCGAUGUUAGGCGACUCAGUCUGGAGAGCAGGGAGAAGGACCACUGCAUCGUGCAGAUCAACAUCGAGAAGGAGGCUCUCGAGAGGGAACUGGAAUUCUAUGUAACAAAAACAAAAACUUUAGCAGAACAGCUGAACAUAGAAUUAGAGGACCAUAACAGUCUAGAGAAACAAGGUCAGGGUUUGUGGCAGCAAAUCAUUGAUAUGAACUCUGAAGUCAAGCAUAUUGAGGAUGAAAUAACUUUAACUCAAGCUGAUGAAUUGCGUGACAUUAUUAUUCAACUUGAAGCGGAUAACGAGAAUCUGCUUCGUGAGUUAAACCAGAAGAGACGGAAUCUCGCGUCAUGUAACAAGACUCUUGAAGAAACCCAGAAACAGCUGUCACACAUGCAGUUAAAACUAGACAAGGAACGUCGAAAAUCUCGAGAGAGUCAGAAACGUGACAUUGCUCUGAUGGAGAAUAGAGAUGACUUGUGGAAUGAACAGCUGCAAGAAAAGCAUAAUGAAAUUAAGGAACUUGUUUUGACAAUACAGAAUCUGGAAGAUCUUGUUGAGGCCUAUGAGGACCAGGAACGGGAGCAUGCCAGUGAGAUUGAACAGCUUCACCAGAAGAUGAACUCCUCUUUCCGUGAAAACAUGGACAGCAGUUGGCUACCACCAGUGGAAAAAUCAGAAUCAACAAGCAGCUUGAAACCUAAGAGACUAGAGCUACAUGUGACACUGAAAUCUGGUCGACCCUCCAUGCUUCACAGUACCAAGACGAUUGAGAAAAUAAAGGAACUAGAGAAGCUGAUUGACAAAUAUGACCAAGAAGCAAGAACGUGGAGACAGAAGGAAGAAAUGAUGAAACGUGUUAUCAAGCAAAUGAGUGAGGAAAACAAGCACCACACACAGAAAUCUGAGGCGAGUCAGAAGAAGAAAGAGAGUUUGAUUCAGCACAUGAAGCUCUACCAGCAGGAGGUGCAGGACCAGAAGUCACUCAUCAAGGAGUUGCAGGCCACAAUGCAGAACAGUCUUGAAUCGAAGACGCAGGAAUUGCAAUAUAAAACUAAAAAAAUUGAUGAAUUGUCGGCAUUGGUUACUGACCUUCAAGAAAAGGCACAGGACUAUAAACUGUCUGAAGAAAGAAACAAAAGGGCAGAAGAACACAUUGAACAACUUAUAGCUGAGAGAAAACAGCUUGACAACAAAAUGUGCUUUUUGGAAGAAAAGAUCAGUUCACUUAACAAAGAGCUUGAAGAAAAGUGUGAUCAGAUAUUACAUGCUGAAAGACGGUUAGCUGAUGCCAAAUCGGAAAUCCAACAGCUCUAUCAACAGAAAACUGACUUACAAGUCGUCGUGGAAUCCCUGCAGAAAGUUGCAUCUAGCAAAGAUGAACAGCUGAAAGAAAAAGGUGAACUGAAUUCUAAAAUUAACCAGCUACUGAAAUCGAACAGUGAUUUGCAAAAAGCAGUGAAUAAGUAUGCUGAUGAGAAAAAUAUUUUGGAAAGAAAGCUGAAGAAACAUGAAACAGAGUUGGAAGAAUUGAAACAAUCUUUGAAAAAAUUUGAAAAUGCUGAGAAAGACAACCAAGAUUUAAAGAGAAAGAUCUCUAGAUUGGAGCAUGUCGAGAAGGAAAAGGUCAAAGCUGACGAGAAACUUUUCAAGCUGGUUAACGUAGAAGCAGAAAAACGAGAUCUUGAUAAGAAAUUAGCAAAGUUGGAAAAGUUAAAGAAAGAGGCAGAGGAGAAGUUGGAGGGUGUUGAGAAGAACAAACAAGAGUUGGAGAAAAAGGUCAAGAAAGAAAAGAAAGAAUAUGAAGAGAAUUUUACUAAAUUGGAAAAGGAGAAGGAAGAUUUGAUGAAACAAAUUGUUAAAUUGGACACUGUUGAAGCUGAAAAAAAAGAGUUGGAGAAAAGAAUUAAAAAACUAGGGAGCGUAGAGAAAGAUAAGCGAUUAUCUGAGAAGUGUUUGAAAUCAGUGCAGAAUGAAAAAUCUGACCUUGAAAAUCAAAUUUUAAAGCUUAGAACAGAAAAUGACAGUUUAAAGCAGAGAAUAGUUCAGUAUGAAAAACUGGAGCAAGAUCAAAACAUUACAAAAGAGAAGCUGUUAUCCUUGGAAAGGGAAAAUAAAUCACUUGAGAAACAGGUUAAGGACCAGGAAAAUCUAAAAACUGAAAAGAGAAAUCUUGAAGAAAAACUUUCAAAGCUGGAGAGGGCAGAAACGGAGAAACAAGAUCUUGAGAAGAAGUUGACUGAGCUGGAGGCAAUGGAAAUGUUAAAGAUGGAGGUUGAGGAGAGGUUGGUGUGUGUUGAGGAAGAAAAACAAAAACUGGAAAGAAUAGCACAAAAAGAGAAGGAAGAAUUCGAAGAGGACCUGUUGGAAUUGAGGAAAGAAAAGGAUGAUUUGUCAGAAAAGAUCUUGAAACUGGAGACUGUUGAGAGAGAAAGGAAACAGUUAGAGUCAAAGUUAAAGACGUUGGAGAAUUUAGAAAAAGACAAGAGGAAGUCUGAUGCAUCUUUGAAAUCUAUUCAAACAGAAAAAUCUGAUCUCGAGAAUCAAAUUGCCAAGCUACAAAGAGAAAAUGACAAAAUGAAGGAAAGAAUAGUUCAGUAUGAAAAGUCUGAACAAAAGCACAUUGUCACAAAGGAAAAGCUAUCAGGCUUGGAAAAGGAAAAGAAAUUGUUGGAGAAACAGGUUAAGGAAAUGCAGAACUUGAAAAUUGAAUUGAAAUCUCUGGAACAAAAACUACAGAAGUUAGAAAAAGACUACAGUCAGAGUACUAAACAAAAUCAGAAUUUGAAUCAAAAGCUGGACAAGUUUGAAUGUUUGCAAAGAAAAAACUCUGACCUUGAAAAGAAGUUUGCUGAACUUGAAAGUGUACAGAAACAAAAUGAGUCCUUGCAGAAGCUAGUGUGUGAUCUUGAAUCAAAAAAGAAACAAGAUUUAGAAAAACUAUCCAACAAAUUAGAACAAUUAGAAAAAGAAAACCAAGACCUGUCCAAGAAAUUAGAAAAAAUUGAAAAAGAAAAACAAGAACUGUCAAAGAAAGUAGAACAUUUGGAAAAAGAAAAACAAGAACUGUCAAAGAAAGUGGAACCUUUGGAAAAAGAAAAACAAGAACUGUCAAAGAAAGUCGAACAUUUGGAAAAAGAAAAACAAGAACUGUCAAAGAAAGUAGAACAUUUGGAAAAGGAUAACAAAGCCUUGUCCGUAAAAUUAGAAAAUUUGGAAAGGGAACAACGAGAUUUGUCAAAGAAAUUAGAAUGUUUGGAAAAAGAAAAACAAGAAUUGUCAAAGAAAUUAGAAUGUUUGGAAAAAGAAAAACAAGAAUUGUCAAAGAAAUUAGAAGAUUUAGAAAAUGAAAAACAAAAGCUACAAACACAGUUAAAAGAACAUGAGAAGGCAUCAAGUGGUAAAUCUGAGAAUCUGUCGGCUGAUUCAAGACGAUCGCUGGUUGAUAAACUCCUUGAAGAAAAGUUGGCUCUUCAACAAAGAAUUGAAAGCCUUGAAGCACAGAAAGAGGAAUGGAAACGAACAAAGAAUUCAGACAGUGAUUCUGAUUUAAGGAAAGUGAAGGAAGAAUUGGAAGAAAAAGUGAAAUGGUUGGAGGGUACCACCACAGAGUUGGAGAAGGAAAUGGAUAAAAAGAAAGAUGUUGUUGAAGAAAACAGCAAGUUGAAGAAAGAAAAACUUGUGCUUCAGGGUAAAAUAGACUCUAUGUCUGAUGAAGUUCAAUCUCUGAAGUCUGUACUUGACAAGUUGAAAACAAACAGUAGUGUAGAUGAUUGUGCCAAAGACAAUGAGAUCACGAAGGUCCGAAACAGUCUCAAACGAACAAAGUCAUUUGCCGUGGGCAGUGACCAGAAAGUGGAAGAUCUUCAUCAGGAAAAACGCUACCUUGAGGCUAAGGUAAACAGUCUCCAGAAACACAUGGAACAGCUACAGGGAUCCAGCAGCCAGUGUGGACAGCUAGAGUGUGCUGAGCAGGAGAAACUGGACCUAGCAAGCCAACUUGAGCAACUGCAGAAGACGUGUGAUAGUUUAAAGACCCAAGUGGAUGAACUGCAGAGUUUACGAGAGGUGAACCAACAACUUGAAACCCAGAUCAAACAGCUUGAGGCAAAGACAAAACAACCUGAGAAAGACGAUACCACUUUUAAGAAUUCACGAUUGGGCCCAUCUUGUGGUGUGUCAUCUGAAAUGCAGAGAGAGCUGCUGGAGUCGAACUUGGCACUGAGUGAAGCAAGGUCUCUGCUGUCGGCUUCAAAGCGCCAGGAGCACGAGCUGAAAGAGCAGAUCCGGUCUCUACAGCGCCAGCUUGACAACAAGUCGAUGGAAGCUGGUCCCAGGAUACAGGGAACUCCAGCAACAGAGGGAGAGCUUCAGACUCUUCGCAUUCAGAAUGAAGCAUUGAAAAACCAGAUUGCAAAUACUAAAUCUGUUGAGAAUGAACUACGACUGGUGAAAUCCCAGUGUGAUAUGGUCCAAAGACAAAAUAAGACACUACAAGAAAAUAAUUCUAGCCUCCAGAAAGCGAAAGGUGGUGAGAAGUUAGAGGUCAUGACCUUGAGAGAUCAGCUUAAAGCCAAAGAACAACAGUAUGCUCUUGAAAUUAAGAAAUCUGCCAAAUAUCAAGGAAUUUGUGCUGAAUUGGAAGAACAGCUGCAAGAUUUGGAAUAUCUUGUUGCCGAGUAUGAAAAACGGGAAGCAGAAUGGGGGAAAAUCAGGCAGUCAUUUGAGCAGGCUAUGCAAAAUCGAGAAGAUGAAUUGGAGGGAAGAAGCCAGACCGUUAAUGCAAUGGAGAAAGCAAAGAAUGCCACUGGUGAGCGUCUCACUCAGACCAAACAACAGCUACAGUCGGUUAAAGCGUCACACAAGGCCGAUAUAGAGGAACUCAACCACAAACUGUGGGACGAGCGCAACACAAACAAGAAACUGAAAAACAAGCUGGAAGAUAUAACUAAAAAGCUUGGUAAGAUGGAGAUGGUGUUAGAAACUCAAACCAAGACAAUUGAGGUUCACAUUGAAGAGAAAAAUUAUCUAAAGGAAGAGAUAUCAAAGAUAUUAACUAAAAACCAAGAGGUGAGAAGUGAAAACCUGAGGUUGAAGAAGAACCUGGAUGAAGCCAUGAAUAAAUUUGAGCUCAUCUUUGGGGAAAAGAUCGACCUGGAGAAUUUUACAGAAGCCAUGCAGGGCUUGCACUUCCUGGAGAAAUACAAGUUUGAGAGCACAAUUGGACAGCAAAUGAAGCUGAUAGACUAUCUCCAGGCCCUCUGGCUGGAAAAUAUUGACAAGAAGAAAAAGAAGGGCAGCAAAUUGUUUGGAAGUGUACGGAGUAAAGAUUGCGCUCCUGGCAUUCCACCACAAUGGAAGGAUUUUCAGGCCAGUCUGGAAGCAGAGAGAAAGAAAAAUGCAAAAUUGCAAGAACAAAUUGAUAAACUGCGGGAAGAAAAUUUUCAACAAGCCAACGAAUUGUUGAAGUUGAAUGGCCCACUGCAUGAGAAGCUGAUUUUCGACAAAGUCAAUACACCAAAGGUUCAUGCUGCAGUGGUGGCGCUGUCUCACUCUCCCGCUAACCAGCCAAGUCCGUCAAGGAUCCUGUCUAGCUCGUCCUCGUAUCGGAUCGAGACGCCACGCACGCCAAAGCCUACAAAACAACGCAUGCAUCAUAACAUACCGCACCGGUUUGUGCAGGGACUCAACACGAGGGCCACGAAGUGUGCUGUGUGUCUAGGGAGUGUUAAUUUUGUGAAGCAAGCUUCCAAAUGUGAUGAAUGCCACAUGGUGUGCCACCCUCGGUGUGUGUCGUCCGUGCCUGCUUCAUGCGGACUGCCGACGGAGUAUAUCCAGCAGUACACAGACAUGAUGGAGAAAAUCAGCUUCAGUUACUCGGUGGAUGUUCUCGACAACACCGAUUAUUCCAUAAAGUUGGACGGGUGGCUAAAAGUCCAUGUCUCCAGUUCGAAGAGUGCCAAGUCAAGCUGGGAGAGACGCUGGGUUGCUCUGGACAACACAUGGUUGUUAAUAUACCUUACCGACAAGGACGCCAAUCCAGUAGACACGUUCGAGUUGAACCCCAAAGAUGUUGAAGUCAGUAUACACAGUGCCAUUCUACCCACAGAGCUGAGCAACACGGUGGCUACCGAUGUCGCUCAUGUCCUGAGACUAGACCAGGAUCCUGUGACGACUUGCUGGCCGGGACGAGUCCUGUAUCUGAUGGCUGAAACAUUUGUUGACAAGCAAAAAUGGGUGGCCUCUCUGGAGGCUGCUGUCAAGAAUGUGAAGCGAGGAGAAUCGUUUCAGAAGAAUAGAUUGCAGAUGACCACUGCUUUAUCGAUAAAAGAAAAAAAGGAAUUGAACUGUUCAUUAGUUCUUUCUAAACAGUGUGUUUUGAUUGGAUGUGAAGAAGGCCUGUUUGCCUGGAACCCACAACAGGGUGACAAGCUGAUACAGCUCACUGGGCUGGGCAGUGUUCACUACAUGUGUCUGGCAUCGACUCUCGGCAUGAUCAUCAUUAUCUCAGGUCAGGAUCGUCAUUUGUUGAUGGUUGAGAAGAAACUGGUUAAACUUCGUCUGAGUCAGACUACAGGAGGCGAGACGGUGCCCUUGCCAACAAAGAUGGUGGACAAGAUUAUUGCUUGUACUGUGGUUGACGUGACCUUGUGGCAGGACAGCACAUACCUCUGCGUGGGCAUGACAGACCGCAUUGUCAUCAUGAAAUACAAUCUUAGUCUUGGCAUGUUCUGCACCAGAAAGGAGCUCAUGAUGGAUGAACCAUGUAGCUGUGUUUGCAUAGCAGAGAAUAUGGCUAUAGUUGGUGCUGAAAAGUUCUACAAGAUUUCUCUUGAACAUCCCACCCUGAUAGAUUUUGUUGAUCGGCAAGACAGCUCGCUAGCCUACACGUUGUUCAGUGCUAGCAAUCAUCAGAGCUUCCCACUUGCCGUGGUACAGGUUUCCCCUGGAGGUCUCCCACUCGAGUUCCUGCUCUGUUUCCAUGAGUUUGGUGUGUUUGUGGAUGACAAAGGUCACAGGAGUAGACCUCUUGAUGUUAAAUGGAGUGGGCUGCCUCUGGCUUUUGCAUACCGGGAGCCCUUCCUGUACAUCACCUACUUCAACAGUGUACAGGCCACAGUCAUACCAGCCGACAAGGGAGAGGUCAAAGGUAGGAAGACAAUAAUUGAUGUGCACAGUCCUCGCUACAUGGGCGUUGCCAUAGUCCCAGGCGCGGUGUAUGUUGCGGCGUGUAUGCGAGACUCGGUGGACAUGCUGUGUAUCCGGGGCCAGGAGGAACACAGUCAAGUGAUCAGUGAGAAGGAAAACAGACUCAUUGAGAGUUUCAAGAAGGCCGACAAACUGCAGGUGAGAUUUGCCACUCCACAGAAAGAGACCAGACGCCAGUUAUCACAGACGUCGCUGAACAGCAACACAAGUGACUCCACAACAACCACCGAAUCUGACUUGUGAUAUUCUCCCCGAGUCUUCGUCUUCAGCUAAACUAGUGCUGAGACCUACCAGGGUCGAAUGAUCAUCUCAUCAUUCAUUUCAAGGAAUCUAGUAACAUUUUCAUGACAUAUCAUCACAUUUAUCAAGCAGCAAGGUUGUAGCUGAAGAUCAUGUUUCACAUUUGGAAAGCAAUUUCUGCUCUUGAAUUCCACUAAGCACUAAUUUAAAAAAAUGUGGGGUUUUUUUUAGAUACAGUUAAAUAAAGAUUUCUAAUAAAUAAUGUCCAGACUUCAAGAUUAAUGUUCAAAGUCAUAAUUAACUGUCUGUGUUAUAUUUUAACUUUCUGAAUUACUAUGAAUAAGAAUUUGGAGUUUAUUUUAAUUAAAAUGUCUAAAUCUUUAACAAGUAAAGCCAUUGUCCAAUUGUUCCAUUUUUUGUAGAAAUAGUUGUUUGUAAAGUUCUUUAAUAAUGCAGAAAUUUAAGAAAGAUUUUUAUGUUUUUCUCAUUGUCAUAAAAGUAUGUGCCAUUUUAUGUGGAAUGCUUAAAUUCACACACAUUUUAAAAAAGCAUUUGUCAUUUCAUUCAACAUAUAGGUUUGUGUUUGUGAUAGUUGAAGAAGAUGGGGAUAGGGUUCACACAGGUUCAUGGAACAUGAAAAUUGGUUGUUUCAUUUAAAAUAAUACAAAUAAAGGUGCAAUUUGCAUCAUAACCAUACAAAAUUAUGUUGUUGAUAAUCCUAAAAAUAAAAAGUCAUUGAAGAAAAUGCCUUCAAACGUUAUGGCAUUCAGUUGAUAACAAAGCACAUGAACCCUGGGUAGGUUAUGGGGAUGACCAAAGAAACAUACUGCGACUGCAAUAAGUAACACAUAUUAUCUAGCAUCUCAAUUUGCACACAUAUGGUAAAUCCAUUAGCCACUUGUAUUGGUAUAGCUUGUACUGCUAAGUGGUUUUAUCAGAUGUCUUGAGAUUAAAAAGCUUAAUAUGUUUAGAAACUAGACUCUACACCAUAGCAUUUUAUAUUUAGCCUUGCUGUUCAACUUUGUGUGUGCAUUACUAAAAAAAAAUUAUGCUUUCCGUUUGCUACAGUAAUAUGUAAUAUUGCAUUUGUAGACUUAUUUAUAUGUAAAUAGUGCAACAUGUAAAGAAUCUCAAAGGGGAUUUAUGUAAGAGUUUGUUAUGUUCAAAUGUAAUAGUUUUGUUUGUUUUGGCUUUUUUACAAAAUGUUGUACUUUCAAUUUUUACAUGGAAAUAUGCUUAAAUUUAAGUGUAAAUUUGGAGUUAAAAAAGAGUUACUUGGUUCAUUGUUAACGUCAAGUUACUUGAUUAUACUAAAUGUGUACAUUCUGUUAUACCAAACAUUUUCAUAGCAAUAAAAUAUACAAUUCCAUAUUUUGUAAAAUAGUUGGUUCAAUUUUAACUUAAAUGUAAACAAAUUGGGGACUUCAUGUUGGGGGUUGGGUCAUGCCUUUACUGAUAUGACAGAUGAGUAAUUAUGUAUAUAUUUGGUACCAAAAUUAGACGAAUGGUUCUCUAUAAAAUAAAUCUUACAACUGGAAUGCUAUUAAUUUAAAUCAUACUGUUGAAAACAGCAGCUAAUUUGUAUAGCAUGUCAACACUGGUUCCCCUUGAUUCAGUUUAAUCUAUUGGUCAUUUUCAAAAUUUGUAAACUUUUGUUGCCAGUGAUUAAAAACAAAACUAUUUCAUCUGAAGUUAAUGCAUGUUCACCUUCAUCGAUUUUUAAUGGCUAGAAUUUCUAAAUGGUCUUUCACCAAUAUUGUAUAUCACCGACUUUAGAUUGUUUUAUCGGUUGUUUUUCAAAACAAUAUUUUUACCUUUGUAAAUCAAUGUAUUUUUGUAUAAUUUAUAUUUGCGUUGAACUUAACUGUAUUUUCCCAAUUGUUGUGAUGUUUUUAAAAAUAGGCAGCUUUUAACACCUCCAUUUAACAGGAAUGAAAUCUAAAGUGAGGUGCUCUUGUUAUGUUCACGGCAGUCGAAUAUACGUUUUAGGGAUGCAAUUUGAAUUGUAAGUGUAUAUUAUAUAAAAUAAGGACAUUUAAACACAAACAAAAAUUCAGUAUGAUCUAAACAAAACAAUUAAAAUUACAAUUUGAAACAUUUAAUAGCAAAAAAAAUGGUGAAAUAAAAAGCUACAUAUUGUAUUGGUGUUGUUUAUUUUGUGAGGGGUUCUAGAAUACGGUGGCUAGAGGCUCGAGGCCAGAGGCCAGUGGUUUUUGGAUUCGGGCCAGUAAAAGUUACUUUGUGUGAUCCUGAAGUAACUUUAUUCCAAACUAAUGAAAAUUGUUUGCAUGUUUUUCUAAACAAACAUAAAUUAUGCCUAUGUGUUGUGCAAAUCAGUAUGCAAAAUGUACAUUAAAAAGUUAAUUAUUUUAA